AUGUUGCUUAUAUUCUUUCUAAUAUUGUUUGUCAAUGCCCAUGUGCGAAUGAAUCUUUCGGCCCAAGCCCAUCCAAAUGAUAGGCUCACUCAAAGAGAUAGCGUAGAAGGGAAUUUAGCUAACCGAAAAAUCCUUUUCACUGCAGAAUUCAAGGUUGGCUCUGAGGAAGAUACAAUCCGUGUCUGGACAAUGACCGGUGCGAACCUCUUCUGGUUCCCCACCAGCAAUUGUCACUCCGGGGAUCACAAGCGAGACACUUCCUCUGAAGUGUCAAAGUGUGACUCUGCUGGAGUAUACAUCCCAUCGGAACUGACUACUUUCCAUAAUACUAGUAAGGUGUUUCAAUGGUGGUAUCUCAUCUUCGAAAGUGGUGCUUGGGGAUAUUUCGGUACUGAUAGAGUUCAAUAUGGAGAUUUCUCAGGAGAUAUGACCUUCGGUAUUGCUACCAACGCUAAUUAUGUUGGUCAGCUUGGCUUGGGAUUUCGAAAUUACCAAAAGACUUCUCUUCAGUCAACAUUGAAUGAGUCGAGUUUCUUGGAACAGCUAGUCAGGAAAGGAGACAUUAGUAGUAAUGCGUAUUCGUUCCAAUUGGGAAUUAACAACGCCUCCGAGGGUACUCUUCUACUUGGUGCCGUGGAUCAUCGCAAGUAUGAAGGAACUCUCCAGAAGGUGAAAAUGGUUGAUAUGUAUACUGAUGGUGCAGAUUCUGUACUGAUUUUACUUGAUGGGAUUCUGGGUUCUGAUUUUAGUUCCGAAUUGAACAUUGCUGUUGAUAUCAGAAUGGAAUAUACCACACUGUCUCUACCUGUUGGGGCCUUUAAUGAACUCAUUGCUCAUUUGAACGCAGUUCGAGCCUACAACAAAUAUCUUGUUCCCUGUGACUUGUUGGAUCUGACUGAUCUGGUCUCGUUUUACUUCAGUGGUGUUGAAAUUCAAGUACCAGUAAGAGACCUCAUCUUCCAAAAUGCAUAUUUUGGUUGCGAGAUUUCAAUUGACGAACGUGAUAAACCACCAUACCUCGGUCAGGACAUACUUAAAAGCGCUUACGUUGUUGUUAACUUAGACAACAAAGAAGUUGCGUUGGCCCAGGCAUCAAAUUCUCCAGACGAGAAACUCGAAGAUAUAGUGUCUCAGAUCCCUCUGGCUUUGGCAGCUCCUCUCUACUCAUAUACCGAGGUUGCCAAGAAAUAUUACUACUCCUCUACGUGGUGGUUCAGCUCUCUGUAUAACGUUUCAUCGCGCACUUCCUACUCCACAAAUACUGCGAGCAGAUCGGUUGAUCUUGGAAGCACAACAUACGAGCUCUUUUAUCCUGAUGCGACUAGCAUGUAUGAUUACUAUGCUUCUACAAACCAUCCCAAACACGGCAACAGUGGACCGUCCACGAGAUAUCUGCCUUCCUUGCUUCUUUUUUCCAUACUUUUGGCUUUUUAA